AUGUAUUUGUCUGGUCAUUUGACUCUGUUGUUGUAUUCCAUUGGUGUUCCUGAGUCGCGACUGUACACUUUUGGUAGGAGCUCUGCCCCUCGCACGGUGUUGGUAGCUAAGAAGUGGGGAGACGAUGAUGCAACGGAAGCCUUGGUGGAAGUGGCUAACUGGGUCAGGAAUGAAAGGGGACUAACAGUCCUACUUGAUCCUAAUGAUCCUGAUGGGUGCAGGAAGAAGUGUGUUGAGGGAGAUGGUGGAGAGGGCGUUCGUAUGGUGAUGGCAGAUGGUAAGGAAGUGAUGCUGGCGGACCCUGAUACGUACGAUUGCGAACCUGUGAUGGUCGACCUGGUUAUUUGCCUCGGUGGUGAUGGCACUGUCCUGAGAACUAUUAUGUGGCUUGAAAGUAAGUAA